AUGACAUCUCAAUGGUUACGUCUUUGUGCUCAAUUUCGUGCUCAAUUUCAUGCUCAAUUUCAUGAUCAAAUUCAUGCUCAAAUUCAUGCUCAAAUAAUAAUACCUACUGUUAAAGUCAUUAUCAUAGAAGUCAUAGAGGCCAUAAAGGUUUUAGAGGCCAUAAAGAUCAUAAAGGCCAUAAAGGUCAUAAAGGCCAUAAAGGUCAUAGAGGCCAUAAAGGAAGGUCAUAAAGGCCAUAAAGGUCAUAGAGGUAGUGAUAUAAUUUAA